AUGGCUGAAAGUUGCUGCCCUAGUACUCCUCUUGUUAUUCUGCCAGAAGAUGUAAUUUUCCAAAUUUUGAUAUGGCUCCCUGUACAAUCUCUGUUGCGAUUCAAAUCUGUGUGUAGAUCAUGGUAUACCCUCAUUAAAUCAUCUCACUUUAUAAAACGCCAUAUCACUGCUAUUACGGUUGACGACAAGAACAGCUCCAGGUUAGGCGGCACCUUCAUCUGCAGGCAUGAAUCACUAGAAACACAAGAAUCUACACCUUCGUUUUAUUUCCUUUCUGAAAAAGGAGGCUUCAAGAAGUUGGAGGAUCUCGGCAAACGGUUAGGUUUUAAAGAUGUGAGACAGUUUUGUGCCUUGCAUAUGGAGGAUUCUGUUCAUGGAAUAAUUUGCUUAUUUAACACGAUAACCAGGGAUAUUUUUCUUUGGAACCCUGCUACGAGACAAUGUAGACCGCUUCCGAAGUCGUCGAACGGAAACCCUAAAGUUGGGUAUACCCAUUAUGAUUUUGUUGGACUCGGUUUUGAUGUUAAAAGCAAGGAUUACAAGGUGAUAAAGGUCUCCUAUUUCGAACCCGAAGAAAAUGAUGAGCUUAUAUUUUACAGCCCGCGCAAAGUUCAGAUAUACUGCCUCAGUACUGAUUCUCGGAGGUUGAUAGACUCAGAUUUCCGUAUUGUAUCUGGUUGCGCAACAAUGGGACGGAGUUUGAAUGGUGAUAAACUAGCUUGCUUUACGGCCACUAGGGAAGAUUGUAUGAUAUUCAAGGUAUGGAUGUUGAAUGAUUACAAUACAGUGAAGGAGUCAUGGUCUAGGCUCUACACAGUUGAUCUCAUGUCUCCACGACUUGAAACAAGGUAUGGAUGGUGUCGUAUCCUUGCAAAUUCUUAUAGUGGAAAGUUUGGUUUAAUGUGGGGCAAAACUUUGGUAUGUUACAACUCUAUUACUGAUGAGUUUGAGGAUCUUGGUUUGGGGAAAGGAAUGAAACCCUCUUAUGUUAGGGCUACUAUCUAUAAGGAAAGCCUUGUUUCUGUUGAUGCACAUAGUUCAGCAACUAAAGCUUUCUCCUCCUAA